CAGAAGCCACACACACACUGGAGGGAACCCCAUCAGCUGUGGAAGGCAACACAGCCUGAAUUUACUUUUUAUUCCUCUAAAAAACCUCCGUCUCGGAUUAAAUCCAGAGCGAGGUCUGAGACAAGGAGUAAAAACAAGGAGCCCUGCAGCAAAACAGAAAGAGCCCGCUUUUACACUGAUCAAGGGCAGAAGUGGAGACGGAGGAAAACAAGAACUACAGGAGGGGGCUUUGAAAGCAUGGAAUAUUUCAUGAUGCCGACAGAGAAGAUACAAGCCUUACAACAGUUCAAGAAGACGGAGAAGGAUGUGAUUGGAGGUCUUUGCAGCCUGGCGAACAUCCCCCUCAGUCCAGAAACGGCCCAGGAUCAGGAGAGGCGAAUCCGCCGCGAAAUCGCCAACAGCAACGAGCGCCGUCGCAUGCAAAGCAUCAACGCUGGAUUUCAGUCCCUUAAAACACUCCUGCCACACACAGACGGAGAGAAACUCAGCAAGGCAGCAAUCCUGCAACAGACAGCGGACUACAUCUUCGCAUUGGAGCAGGAGAAGACGCAGCUUCUGGCACAAAACAACCAGCUCAAACGCUUCAUCACGGAGUUUAGCGGCUCAUCACCUAAAAGAAAGCGAGCGGAAGAGAAGGAUGAAGGGAUUGGGUCUCCGGACACGCUGGAGGAAGAGAAGGUUGAAGAGCUGAGGAGGGAGAUGUUAGAGUUACGGCAGCAACUGGACAAGGAGCGCUCGGCUCGCAUGCACCUGGAGGAGGAGGUGCGCUCUCUGGACACCCAGCUGCACCCAGAGCGUCUGAAGGUGAUCACCCAGCAGCUGGAGGAGGAGCAGGUUCUCCUCCAGAGCCAGGCUCUGCUACGACUACAGCAGAUCCACGCCAACGACCGGAAAACACACAGUCCGCAGGUGCUGGCUUCUCCCACUCCUCCAGCUCCAACCAACCACCCAACAGUCAUUGUCCCAGCUCCAGCACUCAGCCAGCACCCCCACCAUCACGUCAACGUGGUGACCAUGAGCACACCCCCCCACACCAGCACCUUGUCCACCUCCAGACAGAACCUGGACACCAUUGUGCAGGCCAUCCAGCACAUUGAACGCACUCAGGAGAGGAGAGCCAGCGCCGACGACGAGCAGAGAAGAGCCGUCAUCGUCAGCCCCGCCCACGUCGCCAUGGACACCGCCUGUUCAGACACAGAUACAGACACAGAGGGGGAGGACUGUUCGAUGAACUGAUCCAUCCCAUAAACUCUCAUUCACGCACACAAAAAACACUUAAAAACACCUACUUGCUGUAAGAUUCCCUCCAGGAGCUUGACUACUUAAAAACAAAAAAGAAAAGUUUAAAAAAAAGAACCUCUUUCUUCAGCAUUAUCCAGACUCCUAAAUCCAGUGGUUAAGCUCUGCAUCGGUCUCGUACUGUAAAUUCUCUAAACAUUGAAAGCAUAAGAAGGUCGGCGUGCAGAGGAAGCCCUGAGGGAUUUCUAGACCUGUUUUUUUUUUUUUACGUCAGAGCCGCCCUGUAGCUAUUUCAAAAAGUUAAAGGGUCUCAUCAUGUAAGAGGCCGUCAGCCCGUCGCGCGAGCGUAACUUCACUCACACGACGGGCUGACAGUCACACACGCGGUCGUAUCAGCGGGAACCGUCGUCACUGGCACACUGACAGUAUUUCUACAAACUGAUGUCGGUAUACCGGAGAGUCGAAUGUAACAACACAAGUAGGCAGCUCUUCACUCUGACUCGUGACUUUGAGCUACGGCGUCCCUGUAGGGUGCUGGUGGCGGUGAAAACUCAACUUAAACUACAACAGAAGCUAUUUCUAAAUAAUGAAUCCAGGAAAAAAAAAAAAAAAAUGAACUCCGCAGUUAAAUUUGAAGACGCACGUUAAAUGAAAUUAUGUCUGAUUUACUUGAAGAAACAUGCUGUUUUUUUAUACUAAUUAAUCCCUUGAAAAUAAGCUUAACGAAUUGCGUCGUCGGUUGUUUCCAUUUUAAUGUUUUUCCAGUUUAUGUGAACAGUUUCUUUGUGUCCGGGUUACUGAAUGCUUAAGGUUAACGUUUUGUUUUACUGAGAUUAACAUGUUGGAGGUUUGUCAUGUUUUUGCGGGAAGAUGGAGACACUGAGAUGAAUUUCAGAAAAUGCCCGAUCUCAGUUUGCAGCCAGUCGUCGGCAAAGAUGGCGGUGGUUUCGACUCUUGACUCGAAUAAACAUUUAGCAGCAUUUUGUGAAUAGCUGGCAUUUAAAUUCAGUCAGUUUGAGAUGUUUCAGAUGGAUUAGACUCGUCUUUCAGUCUGAAGUCGUGGAAAAUUGCGCUGAUGUGAAAAUCUGAAACAUUUGGAUAAUGUUUCACUACAGGAUCACAGGUUUUCAGUGAUCCUGUGAAAACCAUCAUCUGGUCUUGGUUUGUGGACUUCAGUGACUAUGCAUCAGCAUCGUUGGUAUUUAUGCAAUUCCAUCUCCUGUACAAUAGUUGGUGUAAUCUAUACAUGAGGUGAAGCUCUCUAUGCACCGUGGUUAGGUGUGUGUAUAUUACACCUACAUGACGUGUAUGAAACUUGACAUGCUCGUAUCAAAGAAUGUAGUCUCUAUUUGCAAGGUGCUUUUUUUUUUUGGUUUGGUUUUGUUAUGUUGGGUCAGUGUGGUGCUCUGCUGGUUAGCUGAGGCUAACACCAUUCACGACACUUGACGCUUCAGUUAGUCACAUUUCCAGGAUGUGCCUGAUUUUGUUGUCAUUUUUUUGAAAAGAAAUUCUCAAAAAAUGAUAUUUGCUAUUUGUGAAACAGACUAGUUAAGGAAGGAGUUGUACGUUUGCAUGCAGAUAUAAUCAUCGCAGCACAGUGGACCCGUUUUGAGGUGCAAAAUAAAAAAAAACUGUAGGAAUACAAUUGUGCUAUCAGCAUCAUUAAAUGGAAAACUAACAAUAACGCGUGUGCGUCACACACAUUGCAGAAUUAGUGUUAGAAACACUAAAACUAGACGGAAAAGCUCUGAAGCGAAUUACAGAUGUUCUACCCAUAAUCCCCUCGGAAAAGCACCAAAUCUGUCCACCUCAUGUUACUUUUGCUUACAUUUUUGUUGGGAAUUUGACUGGAAAGCCCUGCUACAAGCCUCCCUCCUGUCAUACUCAAUUUGAUUCACUGACUCGAUGCUGUAAACAUUCCUUUAUUUGGAUUUUUAUCUGUCUUUUGAUGUUUUAUAUGUUCUUUUGCCAACUGAAUGCUUAUUACUAAAGUGUUUUCUCUUGUCUUAAGAAGGCGUUUGCUUUUUCUUUCUUUUCUUUUAUGAACACAUGAUUGACACGUUCACUGACAGUCUUGUGUGUAAUGUGUGGACAUUUUUCACUCGCUCAUCAGUUGGUUAGACUAGUAUUUUCAAGCCAAACAUGUGGCGAAAGGGGGAUUUUUGGUAUUGUUUGAAGCUUGGUUAAAGGGUUUGAUGGCAAAUGUCGAAUGUUAAGACACAGUCUGAAUCAUAGGUGUAUUUUUUUUUGUUUGUUUGUUUUAUUCUUCAGAAAAACAGUUCACCCCCCCUAACACUUCUGUACGUUGUGUCAGCAGCUUUGCUGUCUGUUGGUGGAAUUUUACAUGUGAAGCACUUGUUCUGUACUGCCUGAAUUGAGGAUUUUAUUUCUUGUUUUUUUUUUUGCUGCCAUUUCUGUUUUUGUAAGCUCUUUGCUGUGAUGCAAUUUUAAAAGCUGUCUAUGACGUUCUGCUCUUCUGUUUCUACUUCUAUUACUGGCCCUGGUUUCCAUUUUUCAGUGACAAACUGUUUUAUAUUUUGUUACUUACAUUUUUUUUUUUUCAUUUCGAUUUUGUUUUCCAUCAGUCCAGGUCGACGAGAAGCUGUUAUAUUUUGUUUAUAAAAAAAAUGGCUAAACAGGCCUUUGUAAAGAUGAAAAAAAAAUAAAUUUGUACUUUUUUUACUACAAUCACUCUGGA